UCCUUAAAGGCAGGGGUUUAUGUCCCCUUCCCCACAGGCCCCGUGACAUUUAUUACUCUUGAAUGCAGUGAGAAGAAAGUUAUUUGGGAGAUGAUCAACUCCGGCAAUGCCAUCGUGUGUUCACGGCAACAGCUGGGCAGUGGGUCCAAGGGACGGCCCCGGGCCUCCGUGACGUCACCGGGCUGUUGCGUCAUAGUCGCCUACCCCUGCGUCGCAACGCGCCCUGCAGGAAGGAUGACGUCACGGUCGGAGCUCCUGCAGACCAGUGCGCGCUCGGGGAGUAGGCGAGUCGGGGGCGGCUGGGAGACGUCCUGAGCGCGCGGGACUGAUAGGCGGCAGAACCCGGGCGGGGUCCUCCGAGCUCCGGCCCGGCGCCCACCCAGUUGCCCGGCGGCCCCGGGUGGCCCCGCCCCUUUGGAGACUGCCACGGGCCGGCCAAUCCGGGCAGGCCGCGACGCCGCGCAGCCUAUCAGCGGCCAGGGCUCGCGUGCGCUUCCGCGUUCGCGUGCGCUUCCGCGUUCUCGUGCGGGACAGGCCUGCUGCCGCAGGGACUGGGAGAGGGCGCCGGAGCCCACGCUCGCCCGCGGCUCGGCUCAGCCAGUCUGCGAGUACUCAGGCCGCCGCCCCCCGGGGUACCCGAUGGCCUCGGAGGGCCUGACGGGAGCGCUGGCUGCCGUGCUGGCGGGCCAGGGGCCGAGCGUGCAGAGCUGCGACUCGGCGCCGGCCGGGGAGCCGCCGGUGCCCGUGCGGCUGCGGAAGAACGUGUGCUACGUGGUGCUGGCCGUGUUCCUCAGCGAGCAGGAUGAGGUGCUACUGAUCCAGGAGGCCAAGAGGGAGUGCCGGGGGUCGUGGUACCUGCCUGCGGGGAGAAUGGAGCCGGGGGAGACCAUCGUGGAGGCGCUGCAGCGGGAGGUGAAGGAGGAGGCGGGGCUGCACUGUGAGCCCGAGACACUGCUGUCCGUGGAGGAACGGGGCCCCUCCUGGGUCCGCUUCGUGUUCCUCGCUCGCCCCACAGGUGGAAUUCUCAAGACUUCCAAGGAGGCCGAUGCGGAGUCCCUGCAGGCUGCCUGGUACCCACGGAGCUCCCUGCCCACUCCGCUGCGAGCCCAUGACAUCCUGCACCUGGUUGAGCUAGCCGCCCAGUAUCGCCAGCAAGCCAGGCACCCUCUCAUUCUGCCGCAAGAGCUACCCUGUGACCUGGUCUGCCAGCGGCUCGUGGUCACCUUUACCAGCGCCCAGACAGUGUGGGUGUUGGUGGGCACAGUGGGGAUACCUCACUUGCCUGUCACUGCCUGUGGCCUCGACCCUGUGGAGCAGAGGGGUGGCAUGAAGAUGGCCAUCCUACGGUUGCUGCAGGAGUGUCUGACCCUGCACCACUUGGUGGUGGAGAUCAAGGGGUUGCUUGGACUGCAGCACCUGGGCCGAGAUCACAGUGAUGGCAUCUGUCUGAAUGUGCUGGUGACCGUGGCUUUUCGGAGCCCAGGGAUCCAGGAUGAACCCCCAAAGAUUCGGGGUGAGAACUUCUUUUGGUGGAAGGUGACGGAGGAGGACCUGCAAAGCCAGCUCCUCAAGCGGCUUCAGGGAUCCUCUGUUGUCCCAGUGAACAGAUAGGGAGGUGGAGGAGGUGACAAGGAGCUAAGCAGCCAUGCUCCCUCCAGUGCAGACAUGUCUCCCUCUGAGGGAGGCAAGAGGCUGGCGAUCAGGGAUCUUGUUGCAUUGGGAGCAGGGGCAGCUCUCCUGGUUCCCAGGAGAGAUGCUUUGAGCAGCAUUCCUCUACAUUGCACAAGGGACAGUGCCUUUAACCAAGCAAGGAGUCCAAAGCUCAGGACCUGACAACCCUGAAGGCACACUGACACCUCUCCCCAGGGGGACGGGGAGCCUUCUGCACCACCAGUGGCAUCUCCUCAUGUUCUGUGCCCUCCUUGGGAAAGGCCUGCAUCCUGAUCCUUCCAGGCCCUUGGAGCCUGGGGGGGCACUGGGGAAGGUGUCCCGAGGGAGGAGCCCCUUGCUGAGUAAAGAGGUGUUACUUACCUUGC